GAAGAAGCUCCUUUCCCCAGCCAUCUUGUGGCUUCACCUAGCGAAGUGUUCGCAUCAAACCUCGUAGAAUCGGAGGAAAAUCCUGCUGAAGGGGCGCCAUCAUGCCCGGACAAAUGCAAGAAGGUUUUGGUAUCGCCGUAACCAAUCGGUACGACCAACUAUUGGACGAUGAAUCGGACCCGUUUGAGCUGAUGAAGCAGGCUCAGGCGGAGUCGAAGAAGAAAAAGGAGGCUGCCGCUCCUGGGGCCGCCAAGUCUGCAGCCCAAGCGGCCAAACAGCCCAAAAAGGAGUCCCAAAAAGACAGAAAGACCCCGCUGACUGACAAAAAGGCGGAGCCCCAGGCUCCCGUGCCGCUCAAGAAAGAUGGCGUCGGCAUGAGGAGAAUGGGCCGCAAGCCGGAGGGCGAAGGCCCGAGACCCCAGGGCGGCCAGCAGGGAGAGGGACGCCCCCCUGCAGACAGACGGCCGGUGGACAGGCGACCACCCCGCCGCCUCGAGAGGCCCCCUGGCGAGCCUGGCGAGAAGCCAGAGGGAGGCGAAUUCUCCGUGGAGAAGCCUGUUGGCGACAGGCCGAUGAGGGGUCGCGGUGGCGGCAGGGGCUUCCGCGGAGGCAGAGGGCGCGGCAUGGGUCGCAGCGACGGCUUUGACUCAAGAGGAAAACGUGAAUUUGACAGACACAGUGGCAGUGACCGAUCGGGUCUGAAAGGCGAAGAGAAGCGAGGUGGAAGUGGAUCUCACAACUGGGGCACAGUAAAGGAUGAACUCAAUGAACUCGACCAGUCAAACGUCACCGAGGAGAACACUGAAGGCGAGGAGCAUCCACCUGCCGACUCUGAAAACAAAAGGGAGAAUGAGGUGGAAGAGGUGAAGGAGGAAGGCCCCAAAGAGAUGACCCUAGACGAGUGGAAGGCCAUGCAGGACAAAGAGCGCGCCAAGGUGGAGUUCAACAUCCGCAAGGCCAAUGAGGGUGCGGACUGGAACAAAGGAUUCGUGCUGCACAAAUCCAAAGCCCCCGGUAAAAAGGAUGAGCUGAUCGAUCCAGAGUCGUUUGAGCCUAAGAUGGAAGAAGAGCCCCACUUCCGCAAGCCGGCCAACGACAUCACGUCCCAGCUGGAAAUCAACUUCGGAGAUUUAGGGCGCCCGGGCCGCGGACGCGGCGGGCCACGCGGUGGAGGCGGCGGGCGGGGCGGACGCGGCCGUGGCGGCCCACCCCCUGGUGAACGCACCGGUGAAGCUCCCAGGACGACGCGUGGAGGUGGAGGAAGGCCAGAGAAGUCGACCACGUCGGUGCCCAAUGUGGAUGACCCCGAGGCCUUCCCGGCCCUGGCCUGAGAGCCUUGGCCACACUGGGGGAAAGGGGUGGGGCACAGGAAGCCCCCCCCCCGCCCACCCCCAAGCACCUCCACUACGAGGCUUGCAUGUUCCUGGAU